GAGUCUUAGUUUUAGGAAUUAUUAAUUUGUUGAGAUAUUUUAGAGAUUUGCAUAUCUUUUCUUAUAUUUAUUUCUUGUUCCCUAAGCUAGUAUUCUAGUAUUAUAAAUAGGAUAGAUUGUUAUCAUUUUAUUCAUUCAAUCAACGAAAUACAAUAUUAAUCUUUUGCCCAACGACGAGUUGAGAAUUAUCUUUUACAUAGAUUCUGCGCUGCCCGACGGAUAGGUCUUCCGCGCACAGCCAGAUCUUCGCCUCCGCCGAUCCUACGCAAGGACGCCGGAGAAAAGAUACGAACAAGGUUCGUAUCAACUGGUGCUCUCAUUGAGAGGUGACCCUCCCACCAUCUCGAAUCCCGCCGGACAACCUUACUUCGCCAACGCCUGACGGGAAGGAUUCCCGCGCGCUUCGUCGAAGUGAUUUCAUCCUCCGACUUCUGUUAUCAUGUCCUACAACUAUCAUCGCCAGUUCGACCAGAACCAUGUGUCACGCAGCUAUGCCGGAGUUGGGCGUAGUGCACAAUACACCCUGGAUCAACAGCAGCUAUUCCGACCACGACGUGCAACCUGCUGGGACCCUCCAGGCAGCCGCGAUCCACCGGGUUUUCCGCCCUAUGAUCAGCCACCACCCAGGUACAGGCGUGAACCCUACGGUCCGCCGCAACCUCACCGAAUGGGGUCUGUCCAGACGCGCCGCCCCACUUGUUGGGAUCCGCCCCGACAACGAACCGAUAACUGUUAUCCACCACCGUAUCGUGAUCCAGAUAUGGUCCCGGAUUCAUACGUCGAGCCGCGAAACUCCUACGCCCGAUAUCGGCCAUGGCAGCCUCAAUAUCACCCUCGUCCAGCCACCAAAGCGGAGGACCCGAUUAACGCAAAGUUAGACCGCUUAAUGGAAGCAUGUGACAAGAUAGAAACUUGGUUCGAAGCCACAAAUCGCCGGUUCAGCAAAUUACGAUCGUUACCGCAGCCCGAGCCCGAUCUUGAUCAGCCCCAUGUUUCUGCACCACUCCGAAAGAUGGCAUGUCCUCCAUCAAGAAAUAAUGAGGCUUCUUGUGGGCCUUCACGUUUUGUUCCCAAGGACUCAGCGGCUCCACCACUCCAACCGCAACAGCCGAGUCCAGCACCGCCCUUGGAGCUGUUGUCCGACUCCGCACCGGGACCUUUCCAGCUCGUGCCCCCGCCGCCUGUGACGACACCAUUUGCGACCUUUACUCAGCGUCCAGCAGCUGCUAUCCCGAGCUCCAUGAAGAAAGAGUGGGAAACGAAUACACAAGAAGGAAAAGAGCCAAUGAAGAUUGAGAAUAUUAUAGUUGAGUACAAGACUGCAGGUGAGACAACAAAAUCGGACCUUAAGGUAAAAAUGGAGGUGAGGAGAAGCUUGUUUGAAGAAGAGCCGAGAUUAAAGUCUAAACAAUUGGGGAAGAAAGGAGGUGGUUCUUACGUUGGUUUGCCCAUGAUUGCUUAUGUCCAUAUGGAUUUGAAUGUCGGUGAUGUUACAAGUAUGAAUCAUCGACCAACAUCGCUCGAUGCUAGGUUGAUUCCUCCGCGCAAUGCAACAUCAUGUUUGGGCAUUCUGCGAGAUUCUGCGCUGCCCGACGGAUAGGUCUUCCGCGCACAGCCAGAUCUUCGCCUCCGCCGAUCCUACGCAAGGACGCCGGAGAAAAGAUACGAACAAGGUUC